AAGAACGGGCGGUGUAACGUGCAGCACGGGAACCUGGGCGGGGAGACCAGCCGAUACCUCUCGGACCUCUUCACCACCUUGGUGGACCUCAAGUGGCGCUGGAACCUCUUCAUCUUCAUCCUCACCUACACCGUGGCCUGGCUCUUCAUGGCCUCCAUGUGGUGGGUGAUCGCCUACAUGCGGGGCGACCUGAACAAGGCGCACGAUGACAGCUACACCCCCUGCGUGGCCAACGUCUACAAUUUCCCCUCCGCCUUCCUCUUCUUCAUAGAGACUGAGGCCACCAUCGGCUAUGGGUACCGCUACAUCACGGACAAAUGCCCCGAGGGCAUCAUCCUCUUCCUCUUCCAGUCCAUCCUGGGCUCCAUCGUUGACGCCUUCCUCAUCGGCUGCAUGUUCAUCAAGAUGUCUCAGCCCAAGAAGAGGGCUGAGACGCUGAUGUUCAGCGAGCAUGCCGCCAUCUCCAUGCGGGACGGCAAGCUCACCCUCAUGUUCCGGGUGGGCAACCUCCGCAACAGCCACAUGGUCUCGGCGCAGAUCCGCUGCAAGCUCCUCAAG